GGUGCGGAGGACACGGCGGGUGCCGCGGGGACCUGAAAACUCCGGAGCCGCAGUCUCCGCGCGGGGCGGCCUGGGAAAGUCACAGUCAGCAGCGCAGUGGCGGGAACCGCAGCCCUGCGGCCCUGGAACCUCCCAGGUCUCACAUUGCUCAGCCAGUCCUCCUCACCUGUGAAGCAGAACCAAGAGCCCUGGAUGGUGAAGAGCAGACAGUAACAAAAGAUCCAGCUUUGUAUUUUUUGAGACCUCAAUGUGAACUUUCAACAAGAAUUCCAGUCUUUUUUCCAGACACAGAAACACAGAGAAUAAGAAGAAUGAAUGCUCCUCUGGCUUCCCAGAAUCUGGUAACAUUCAGGGAUGUGGCUGUGGACCUCUCACAGGAGGAGUGGGAAUGUCUAGACUGUGCUCAGAGGGCUUUGUACAUGGAUGUGAUGUUGGAGAAUUACAACAAUCUAGUCUUUGUAGGGAAUCGUUGCAUAUGUUAUAAUUAUGAGAAAGUCUUGGAUCAAAGCUCAACGCAUAGUGUCCAGCAGCAUGCAUUUACCCAAGUGAAGCCUUAUAAAUGUAAUGCGCCUUGUAAAAUAACUCAUGAAUGCUCCCAAUAUACAUAUAAUACUAGAGAUAGUCCAGAAGUCUGCAACGAGUACGUAUUUGAUAACCACAGAGAUGCUUCUGUUGAAUCAUUAAACAGACAUAAAAAUAGAAACAUUGGAGAAGACUCUUGCAAAGGUAAGGGCUGUAUAAACUGUUUAAAUAUGUGCUCCAUAAUUAGUCGGAAUCAAAGAGUCUACACAGUAAGGAAAAAACCCCAAAAUACAGAGCAUGAUAAAUCUUUUGACUCUAAACAUGAAUUCACGCUGAAAAGACCCAAUAAUGGGAAAAAACCUCACCAAAGCUGGAAAUGUGGGAAAAGCUUCAAGACAGACUCAAGUCUUAGGAGACAUCAGAGAGUUCAUACCAGACAGAAACACUUUAAAUGUACAAAAUGUAGUAAAUCUUUUCUGCGUUUAUCACAAGUCAAAGUACAUUGCAAGUUCCAUUGUGGAGAAAAACCCUACAAAUGUACGGAGUGUCCUAAGUGGUUUUAUCAUACGUCAGAAUUUAAAAGGCAUUGCAAAGUGCAUUCUGGAGAGAAUAUUUACCAAUAUAGUGAAAAUGACAAAUCUCUUAUCACAAAGGACCACCUUAAUACUCACGAGAGACUUCAUACAGUAGAGAAACCUUAUAAAUGUAAUGAAUGCAACAAAUCCUUUACACAGAGAAGCAGUCUUAGAACUCAUGCGAGGAUUCAUAUAGGAGAGAAACCUUACAAAUGUAGUGAAUGUGAGAAAUGCUUUACCCAAAGAGGCCAUCUUACAAAUCACCAGAGAGUUCAUACAGGAGAGAAACCUUACAAAUGUAGUGAAUGUGACAAAUCCUUUACCAAGAAAGACCAUCUUAGAAUUCACUACAGAAUUCAUACAGGAGAGAAACCAUAUAAAUGUAAUGAAUGUGACAAAUCCUUUACUCAGAAAAGCAGUCUCAUAACUCAUCAGAGACUUCAUAUAGGAGAGAAACCUUACAAAUGUAGUGAAUGUGACACAUGUUUUACCCAGACAGGCCAUCUUAGAAUUCAUCAGAGAAUUCAUACAGGAGUGAAACCUUACAAAUGUAGUGAAUGUGACAGAUCCUUUACUACAAAAGACCAUCUUAGAACUCAUGAGAGACUUCAUACAGGAGAGAAACCUUAUACAUGUAGUGAAUGUUACAAAUCCUUUAUCAGUUGCUCAAAUCUUAGAAAACAUCAGAAAAUUCAUAAGGAGAGAAACCCUACAAAUGUACUGAAGGUGAAAAAUCCUUUAUCGGCUCCUCAUCUCUUAGAAGACAUUAGAGUAUUCAUACAGGAGAGAAAAAUUACAAAUAUAGUAAGUGCAAGAAAUCUUUGCUCACAAAGUCACCCUGAGAACACAUCAAAGAGUUUGUGUAGGAGAGAACCUUUACAAUGUAAUAUAUGAAAAAAAAACCUUUUCUGUGUCUCAGGUCUACAAAAACCUCUGAAAAUUCAUACAUGGGAGAAACGUUUCCAUAGGAAAUAUUGUGACAUAUACUUCAUUCAUACUUUGCCUUAGCAAUACUUCAGGCUUCAUGCUACAGAAAAAUUGUGAACAUGAGAAAGUUGUAAAAGUUUUUAAGUAAUGGUCAAAUCUUAGGAUACAUUAAGAGUGUAUACUGAAAGAGAUUCUGAAAAUGUAACAAUGUAGGACAAUUUUCAUUAAUAAUUUAUCCUUGUGCAAUUCCAAAUACUUUAUAAUGAAGACAAAAUGCAGAAAUCUGAAGGUUGAGCUGUUAUAUAUCAGUUUCCUGGAGACCGAGUUGGUCUGUCUUGGAUGAGAGCUAGACUAAGGCUAGAAAUGUACACCUCAAAAUAACUCCAGGGAACCCCAGAAACUAACAGGAUUCAGUGUGCUUAAUUCAAAUGAAGAAACUCAGACAGAUCAUAUUACUUGAAAAGCAUUUGGCAAAAUGAUCCACCAAAAUAGGAUGCUCUUUAACUUGUAGAUGUGCCCACUGGCAUGCAGUGUGCUCCACAUGUCCUGUAUUAUCCCACUUACUGAUUUGGAGCUCUAUGAUUACAACUUGUCCUUGAGUCCCCUCUGCUCCAGUAAGCCACUACUUUACCAUAUUUCUCUAUGUAACCCUA